CGCGCUGCGCGGGCCCUGUGCGCCGUGGCGACGAGGCCGCGGCGGGGCGCGAGCGCCGCAGGUGACCCGGGCCGGGAGCAGGGCGCGCGGGCGGCGGCGGCAGAGGCGCCGCAGGCUGGAGGAAGCGGGCCGCCGCUCGGCUCCGCUCACGGCCUGGGCGAGCCGAGGCGGGCAGAAGGGCUUGGGACACCCACUGGACGGCCGCCGGCGUCCCCGGGCCCUCAGCAUGCUCCUCGAGGCGAGGGUUUCCCUGCCGCCCGUGGGCUGAGGCGGCGUUCUUCGCCGCUGCACCAACGAGAUGCACCUGCCGGGUGCGGCUUAAAAGACGCAGCAGGCGGCAAGUGCGGGCCGCCAUCCGGAGGGCUUUCGUCGCCCCGCAGCCGCCGCUGCCUCCCACCGCCGCGGGCCCGAGCCGGAGCGUCCGGGUGGGCGCCCCGACAUGGCGGCCCGGAGCGCCCCGAGCUGCCACCUGCGGCUCGAGUGGGUGUACGGCUACCGGGGCCACCAGUGCCGCAACAACCUCUACUACACGGCGGCCAAGGAGAUCGUGUACUUCGUGGCGGGGGUCGGCGUGGUGUACAGCCCGCGGGAGCACCGGCAGAAGUUCUACCGGGGCCACAGCGACGACAUCAUCAGCCUUGCAUUGCAUCCUGAACGAGUGUUGGUGGCAACGGGACAAGUUGGGAAAGAGCCUUACAUCUGUGUUUGGGAUUCGUACACUGUGCAGACCGUCUCAGUCCUAAAAGAUGUUCAUACGCAUGGCAUAGCUUGCUUAGCAUUCGACCUAGAUGGACAGCGUUUGGUUUCGGUUGGACUUGACUCAAAGAACACAGUUUGUGUUUGGGAUUGGAAAAGGGGAAAACUGUUAUCUAUGGCUCCUGGUCACACAGAUAGAAUAUUUGAUAUUUCUUGGGAUUUGUACCAGCCAAAUAAACUUGUCAGCUGUGGCGUAAAGCACAUCAAGUUCUGGAGUUUAUGUGGAAACGCUCUGACCCCAAAACGAGGUGUCUUUGGUAAGACGGGUGACCUUCAGACAAUAUUGUGCCUGGCCUGUGCAAGGGAUGAGUUAACGUAUUCUGGUGCACUCAACGGAGACAUCUAUGUUUGGAAAGGAAUCAAUCUCACGCGAACAAUACAAGGAGCCCAUACUGCAGGCAUUUUUAGCAUGAAUGCUUGUGAGGAAGGCUUCGCUACUGGUGGCAGAGAUGGCUGCAUCCGUCUUUGGGAUUUAAGUUUUAAACCAAUUACUGUGAUUGACCUCAGGGAAACAGACCAGGGAUACAAAGGUUUGUCAGUGAGGAGUGUUUGUUGGCGAGGUGACCACAUCCUAGUUGGGACGCAGGACAGUGAGAUUUUUGAGAUUGUGGUACAUGAAAGAAAUAAACCUUUCCUGAUUAUGCAAGGGCACUGUGAAGGUGAACUCUGGGCACUUGCUGUCCAUCCUACUAAACCUCUGGCUGUGACUGGAAGUGAUGAUCGCUCGGUCAGGAUUUGGAGCUUGGUAGACCAUGCAUUGAUAGCCAGGUGUAAUAUGGAAGAACCGAUUCGUUGCGCAGCUGUCAAUGUGGAUGGAAUCCAUCUUGCCCUUGGAAUGAAGGAUGGCUCAUUCACUGUGCUCAGAGUAAGAGAUAUGACAGAAGUUGUACAUGUUAAAGACAGAAAAGAGGCCAUUCACGAGUUGAAAUAUUCGCCCGACGGGGCUUACCUUGCUGUCGGAUGCAAUGACAGCUCAGUUGACGUUUACGGGGUCGCUCAGCGCUACAAGAAAGUGGGUGAAUGUGCUGGCUCCCUGAGCCUGAUUACUCACAUGGACUGGUCCUCGGACAGCAGGUAUCUACAGACGAAUGAUGGAACCGGGAAAAGGCUCUUUUACAGAAUGCCAGGCGGGAAGGAAGUGUCGAGCAAAGAAGAAAUCAAAGGUGUCCACUGGGCUUCAUGGACAUGUGUCUCUGGCCUUGAAGUGAAUGGGAUUUGGCCCAAGUAUUCAGACCUCAACGAUAUAAAUUCAGUAGAUGGAAAUUAUAUCGGUCAAGUUUUAGUUACAGCUGACGACUAUGGAAUAGUGAAGUUAUUUCGAUAUCCAUGUUUAAGAAAAGGGGCCAAGUUCAGAAAAUACAGUGGCCAUUCUGCUCAUGUGACUAACGUCAGGUGGUCACAUGACUAUCAGUGGGUUAUUUCUAUUGGUGGAGCGGAUCACUCUGUUUUUCAAUGGAAGUUUAUUCCUGAAAGAAAGCUGAAAGAGGCUGUUCACAUCGCACCCCAAGAGAGCCUGGCUGAUUCCAACAGCGAUGAGUCGGAUUCCGAUCUGUCUGAUGCUCCAGAGCUGGAUUCUGAGAUCGAGCAGGAGACACAGCUCACCUACCGGCGGCAGGUUUACAAAGAAGAUCUACCUCAGCUUAAGGAGCAGUGCAGAGAGAAGCAGAGGGGUAUGGCCUCCAAAAGGAGAGUGCGGGCUCCGGGGAGCAGCAUCCGGUUACACUUUGUCCACGGUUACAGAGGUUACGACUGCCGAAGUAAUCUGUUUUACACCCAAAUCGGUGAGAUUGUGUACCACGUGGCGGCAGUGGGUGUCAUUUACAACCGGCAGCAGAACACGCAGCGGUUUUACCUAGGGCACGAUGACGACAUCCUCUGCCUGGCUCUCCAUCCUCUCAAGGACUACGUGGCCACGGGCCAGGUAGGUAGGGAUCCCUCGAUACACAUAUGGGACACGGAGACCAUUAAGCCAUUGUCAGUCCUAAAGGGCUACCACCAGUAUGGGGUCUGUGCUGUGGACUUCUCAGCGGAUGGCAAACGACUGGCUUCAGUUGGAAUAGACGAUAGCCACACCAUCGUGCUGUGGGAUUGGAAGAAAGGAGAGAAGCUUUCCCUAGCAAGAGGAAGUAAAGACAAGAUUUUUGUUGUAAAGAUGAAUCCUUAUGUGCCUGAUAAACUAAUUACAGCUGGAAUUAAACAUUUGAAAUUUUGGCGAAGAGCAGGCGGAGGACUGAUUGGCAGGAAAGGCUGCACAGGCACCCUGGGGAAGCAGGACACGAUGAUGUGUGCUGUGUACGGGGGCACCGAAGAGAUGGCCUUUUCCGGAACGUCGACGGGGGACGUGUGUAUCUGGAGAGACGUCUUUCUUGUAAAAACAGUCAAAGCGCACGACGGGCCCGUGUUCAGCAUGCAUGCUCUGGAAAAGGGAUUUGUAACUGGAGGGAAAGACGGAGUAGUUGCGCUCUGGGGUGACACCUUUGAACGAUGCCUCAAGACGUAUGCGAUUAAAAGAGCCGCCUUGGCCCCAGGAUCCAAAGGUCUUCUCUUGGAAGAUAACCCAUCUAUACGUGCCAUAUCUCUAGGACAUGGUCAUAUCUUAGUUGGCACAAAGAACGGAGAAAUACUAGAAGUGGAUAAAAGUGGCCCAAUAACGCUUCUGGUUCAGGGACACAUGGAAGGUGAGGUGUGGGGUUUGGCUACACAUCCUUAUCUGCCCAUCUGUGCUACUGUGAGUGAUGAUAAAACCUUAAGGAUAUGGGACCUCUCGCCUAGCCACUGUAUGUUGGCUGUCCGGAAACUGAAAAAGGGCGGGAGGUGUUGCUGCUUUUCUCCUGACGGCAAAGCCUUGGCUGUGGGGCUCAAUGAUGGCAGCUUCCUGCUGGCGAAUGCGGACACUCUGGAAGAUCUGGUAUCUUUUCACCACAGAAAAGAUAUUAUCUCAGAUAUUCGGUUUUCACCCGGUUCUGGGAAGUACCUGGCGGUGGCCUCCCACGACAGCUUCGUCGACAUUUACAAUGUCCUGAGCAGUAAGCGGGUCGGGAUCUGCAAAGGCGCCACCAGUUACAUAACCCACAUAGACUGGGAUGCCAGAGGAAAGCUUUUACAGGUCAACACUGGUGCUAAAGAACAGAUAUUCUUUGAAGCUCCCAGAGGGAAAAAACAAAACAUCCCCAGUGUGGAGGUAGAAAAAAUUGGUUGGGCAUCGUGGACAAGUGUCCUUGGUGUGUGCUGCGAGGGAAUUUGGCCAGUAAUUGGAGAAGUCACGGAUAUAACUGCCUGCUGCCUCACCAGUGACGGAGUGGUCCUGGCUACCGGUGACGACUUGGGAUUUGUGAAGUUAUUCAGAUAUCCUGCUAAAGGAAAAUUUGGAAAGUAUAAGAGAUACACGGCCCAUAGUACGCAUGUCACGAAUGUCCGCUGGACCUACGAUGACAACAUGCUGGUGACCCUCGGAGGUGCAGACAUGUCUUUAAUGGUCUGGACCAACGAAACAGAAGGCUACCAGGAGAAGAGGCCUUGUGACAGCGAGGAGUCCGACGUGGACUCUGAAGAAGAUGGGGGUUAUGACAGUGACGUCACAAGAGAGAAUGAAAUCCGCUACACCGUCAGAGCCUUAUCAACAAGCAUCCGCCCGAUGCUUGGGAUCAAGCCUCAUCUGCAGCAAAAAGAGCCUUCAGUCGAUGAGAGGCAGGGGGUAGUAAGAGGCUCCAGGCCGCCCGUGAGCAGGGCUCCGCCACACCCCGAGAAGCUCCAAAGCAACAAUGUCGGCAAGAAAAAGAGACCCAUCGAGGACCUUGUGCUGGAGCUCGUUUUUGGGUACCGGGGCAGAGACUGCAGGAAUAACGUGCACUAUUUGAAUGAUGGUGAUGACAUCAUUUACCACACAGCAUCCGUGGGGAUCCUGCACAAUGUGGCUACAGGAACUCAGAGUUUUUAUCAAGAACAUAAUGAUGAUAUUUUGUGCCUCACUGUAAAUCAGCAUCCCAAAUUUACCAACGUUGUGGCAACUGGCCAAGUAGGUGAUUCAGCAGAAAUGUCAGCUACCGCCCCUUCUGUUCACGUCUGGGAUGCAAUGAACAAGCAGACCCUCUCUAUACUAAGAUGCUACCACUCCACGGGGGUAUGUUCGGUCAGCUUCAGUGCUACUGGCAAACUCUUGCUGUCCGUGGGACUAGACCCCGACCACACCAUUACUAUUUGGAGAUGGCAAGAAGGUGCCAGGAUUGCCAGCAGAGCGGGACACAAUCAGCGCAUUUUCGUGGCUGAGUUCCGGCCGGAUUCGGACACGCAGUUUGUCUCUGUGGGAGUGAAGCACGUGAAAUUCUGGACCCUGGCAGGAAGGGCUCUCCUCAGCAGAAAGGGGCUGCUGAGCACGCUGGAGGACGCCCGCAUGCAGACCAUGCUCGCCGUGGCGUUUGGUGCAAAUAACUUGACGUUUACAGGUACCAUCAGUGGGGAUGUCUGUGUGUGGAAAGAUCACAUGCUGUGCAGAGUUGUGGCCAGAGCGCACAACGGGCCCGUGUUUGCCAUGUACACCACGCUGCGCGAUGGACUCAUUGUCACGGGUGGCAAGGAAAGGCCGUCCAAAGAAGGAGGUGCGGUGAAACUGUGGGACCAGGAGCUGAGGCGGUGCCGCGCCUUCCGCCUGGAGACGGGCCACAGCACAGACUGCGUGCGCGCCGUGUGCAGAGGCAAGGGCAAGAUACUGGUUGGGACCCGGAAUGCCGAGAUCAUUGAAGUUGGGGAGAAGAAUGCUGCGUGUAACGUGCUGGUGCACAGUCACAUGGAGGGGCCCGUCUGGGGCCUGGCAACACAUCCUUCCAAGGACUUCUUCCUUUCUGCUGCCGAAGAUGGAACAGUGAGGCUCUGGGAUAUUGCCGAUAAAAAGAUGUUAAACAAGGUGAAUUUGGGACAUGCUGCCCGCACUGUGUGUUACAGCCCUGAAGGGGACAUGGUGGCUAUUGGGAUGAAAAACGGAGAAUUUAUUAUUUUACUGGUGAGCUCCCUGAAAAUAUGGGGAAAGAAGAGAGACAGGCGGAGUGCAAUCCAUGAUAUCAGGUUCAGCCCAGACUCCCGACACCUGGCGGUGGGUUCCGGGGACAACUCUGUGGACUUCUACGACCUCACGCUGGGCCCGGCUCUCAACAGAAUCAGCUACUGCAAGGACAUCCCGAGCUUCGUCCUUCAGAUGGACUUCUCAGCAGACGGCUCGUACCUCCAGGUUUCCAGUGGCUGCUACAAACGGCAUGUCUACGAAGUGCCUUCAGGGAAACCUCUUCUGGAUCCUGCAGCUGUUGACAGGAUUACAUGGGCCACCUGGACCAGUACCUUGGGUGAUGAAGUGAUGGGAAUCUGGCCCAGACACACCGAGAAGGCGGACGUCACCUGUGCCUGUGUGUCGCAUUCCGGAAUCAGCCUUGUAACAGGGGAUGACUUCGGCAUGGUCAAGUUAUUUGACUUCCCAUGUCCAGAAAAGUUUGCAAAGCACAAACGAUUCUUGGGACAUUCACCCCAUGUGACAAAUAUUCGGUUUACCAGUGGGGACCGACAUGUGGUCAGUGCUGGAGGUGAGGACUGCAGUGUGUUUGUCUGGAAGUGCGUACAUGCCAGUCACUGAGGGAUCUGGAUGCCGAGAUGAGCAAGUGCAGUGACACCACCGAGAUCAGACUUAAACACCCAAAACCAAAACCCGCACGACCAAGUGGUGCUAACCCGACUGCAGCCGUGAGAAGCAUCCGAGUUCAGGGUGUGCUGCGUGCACUGGUAACUGCGCAUUGCCAGGUAAUACGCUGCAAAGGACAGUGUACUUGAUGCAAACCUGCCCUCCCCCUUUAUUGAGGAAUGUGCAAACUAUUAAGGGCACAACACUCCUCAAAAAAAAAAAAAAAAAAAAAACCCUCGGAUAAUUUUCCCCAUGUUACCCUUUGUAUUUUGUUUCUAAGGCUCGCUGCUGAACGAGCUAGCCUAACCCUUGCGUUUCCAUGAGGGAAGGGAAAGCCACCAUCACCCUCCAGGAGCAGCUUCUAGAAAGCAAACAGCAGACACACAGUGUCCGGAGCACAGGAAGUCCUGUAGGUGAAGGACACGCUCACUGCAGUUUUGAAUGCAGGCAGAUCCGAAACAGCGAAGUCUGACUCCGGUGCUGUCUGCUUGCUUUGUUCUUAGUUGUUAAUCUUUGUUCAGAGGUCAUCUCUUUAGCCCAAAAGUUAAAACAUGACUGUGGUUGUCAUCAGUGGGAAAGUAGUAGAAUGAAUUAAUAAUAUCCAAUGGUGUACAGUUUUUAAAGGGUUUUAGAUAGUAAUUACUGGAAAAUAUUCUAUAUUUAAAGAUAUAAAUGUUAGCAUGUAAAAACAUUAAAUUCAUACCUGCUUAAUUACACAAUAACUCUUGAAAUCAAAUAUUAUAGUUUUCUAUUGGGAGAAUUUAUUUAAAUGUUGCCACCCAGUGGGUGGUUUCCCACCCGAAUGGUUCCAGGGCACCUGCACCCUUCGCACAGGAAAUGCUGCCCAAGGAGCGCUCUGGGCAGGCAGAAGCCUCCCGCCAGCUUCCCGAGGACUGAAAGGACCUAGACUGCUCCCUGCAGAUAUAUUUUUCUAAGUGUGAGGAAACUGAAUAUGCUCUAUUGGUCCUAUGAAUUUUUAUUUUCUGAUGUUAAUUAUUUUUGCACAAUAAAUCCCCUCAGGUUUCUGGAAUCUUGGUCUGGUUUGACAUCUUGUCACAUAUUGGAGAACCUGUUCAGAAUCUUCACAUAAAGAGUUUGUGCAUACAAAACCAGAGAAUGCCACAGAAAGCUUAACCAGUGACUGAAAGUGUGACGAAGGGGUCAAGCAACAUGAGACGUCUCCCCAUGAAAAGUAAAAUACUAGCAAGUUUUAGCCUCUUGCAAUUUUAAAGUUGCCCUCUGGGUUUUCUGUAAACUUUAGACUUCAGAGACAUUCCAUUUCAGUGCAGGUAAGAGCUAGGAGCGUAGGCCAGCGACUGUGUAGGAGAAAGGCCCAGGGCAGUGCCUCCUUCCGAGAGGUCAAUCUGACAAUGCGCCUUAGUCACUGCCAGCUCCACAGCCUGCUCUGGUCACUUCACAAGGGAGAUGCAAAACCUGACAGGCCACAAAGAAUUACCCCUACGUGUAUAUUUUUUUAACCCAGAGAAUUAUUUUUGUGUGUAGUAUAAAAGACCCUGAAUUUGUAACCUGAGACUUCGGGCCCCUUUUAUUUGUACACAUGCACACAGUGCACUUUGUGCCCAACCAGUCAUUCCCUCCCUUGUUCAUGAUGGUUCAUUUUAGAAAAGUUAUCCAGGCAAUGGUUUUAGCCCAUAACCAUCAGAACUAAGAACACAACUCUUCAGUGUGUUUCUGGACGGUGUCUGCUAGCAGGAAAAAUCUGAUUUUCAUAUGCUAUAAUAUACCAUUGAAGUCCUUAUUUCGUAUUUCUGUUCUUCAGAACUAUGAGAAUAUAAUGAGACAGCAUUUAUAAGGUCUACUUCCAGAAACUUUUAAAAAGG